UUUGACAGAGAGAAGGAUCUGUUACUAUCCUCACACAGAAGGCUUUUAUACAAUAUUUUGAUUGAGGGAUGAAAGGAAAAUUUGCAAUGAUUCUUGCCAGGUUCUUGGUUUUCCUUUGCCUUGUGUGUGGUACAUUGCAAUUACAGUCUCUGGAUGACACAGAGAGAUUUUGGACAGAAGAUGCUUCUACUGGUGUUUGCUAUCAAAUAAACUCAGAAUCAGCUCUGACAUGGCAUCAAGCAAGAAAAAGCUGUCAGGAGCAAAAUGCAGAACUAUUAAGCAUCACGGAGAUACAUGAACAAGAAUAUGUAGGAGAGCUAAUUAAAAAAUUCAGUCUUGCAUUGUGGAUUGGAUUGAACAUUUUGAAUUUCAACAGUGGAUGGCAAUGGGCUGGGGGCAGUCCUUUCAGAUAUUUAAACUGGGCUCCAGGAAGUCCUUCCCCAGCUCCUGGGAAAAUCUGUGGCACAAUGAAUCCCAGACAGAAUGCUAAAUGGGAAAACCAAGCAUGCAACCAGAGAUUUGGCUACAUCUGUAAAAAGAGAAAAAUAAAUUCAAAAUUUGACAAUAUAACCAAAGAGGAAAUGAGACCUACUAAAUGCACAGAAGGUUGGUGGCCAUAUGCAGGACACUGCUACAGCAUUCAAAGAGAAUCCAAAGCAUGGAAGGAUGCCCUGACUUCAUGUAAGAGGCAGGAUGGAGACUUGGCCAGUGUCCACACCAUUGCUGAAUACAGCUUUCUGGUGUCACAGCUUGGUUACAAGCCAACAGAAGAGCUAUGGCUGGGCCUAAAUGACCUGAAGGCUCAUUUCUACUUUGAGUGGAGUGAUGGGACUCCUGUGACGUUCACCACAUGGCAGCGCAGACAUCCCACCUAUAGGAACGGUUUAGAGGACUGUGUUGUUAUGAAGGGACAGGAUGGGUACUGGGCAACUGAUGUUUGUGAUAGGCAACUUGGUUACAUCUGUAAAAAGAAGCCCUCAUCAAAGUCUCCUGAAGAAAAGAUCAAGGACCCAGGCUGCCAGGAAGGUUGGAAAAGAUUUAGUUUUCACUGUUAUUUGGUGGGUUCUGCACUUGCAACCUUCUCAGACGCAAAUAAGACAUGUGAGAAGAGCAAAGCUUAUCUAGCUACAGUGGAAACCAGGAAUGAGCAAGCUUUCCUGAUUAGUCUGACUGGGCUGAGGUCUGAAAAGUAUUUCUGGCUCGGUCUCUCUGACAUAGAAGAACAAGGAAUGUUCAGGUGGACCAGUGGUGAAACUCCUUCCUUCACACACUGGAAUUCAGCAAUGCCAGGGAAAGAGCAAGGCUGCGUUGCCAUGGGAACUGGAGCCAAUGCUGGAUUAUGGGAUGUCAUUAGCUGCCAGGAGACAGCAAAUUUCCUUUGCAAGCAGAGGGCAGUGGAAGUGCUACCGCCAGCUCCUCCUGCCCAGGUCCCAGCAGCAUCCUGUGCCCGAGGUUGGGAUGGAGCCCCACAGGCAGACUCCUGCUUCAAGUUCUUUGUGAGGGACAAAAACCUAAAGAAGAAUUGGUUUGAAGCUGAAGAAUUCUGUAGAGAAAUAGGAGGAAAUCUGGUCACAAUCAAUUCAAAAGAAGAUCAAGUUUUCAUAUGGCAGUUAGCAUUGGAAAAAGGACUGCAAACUCAGGGUUUCUGGAUGGGUUUGUUUCUCUUAAAUCCUGACGAAGGAUUUACCUGGAUUGAUGGUUCUCCUGUAAUUUAUGAGAACUGGGAUGAAGAUGAACCUAAUAAUGAUAAAGGAAUUGAGCACUGUGUUAUGCUUAAUAGAUCACCACAAAUGCGCUGGAAUGACUUGUACUGUGAACAUUUGCUUAAUUGGAUUUGUGAAACUAAAAAAGGUACACUGCUCAAACCUGAACCAAACAACAAACACGAAUAUCAAGCUGUACAAACUGCUGAUGGGUGGAUUAUAUACAAAGAUAAGCAGUACUAUUUCAGCAGAGAACGUGUCCCUAUGGAAAAAGCACGGAGAAUUUGCCAGAGGAACUUUGCAGAUCUUGUUGUCAUUGAGGAUGAAAAUGAAAGACAGCUUAUUUGGAAAUAUAUUAACAGAAAACUGAGUGGUGUAUUUCUCCAAGAGGAAUCAUAUUUCAUUGGCUUAUUUGUCAGUUCUGAUCGGAAGCUCAGCUGGCUGGGUAAAACCCCUGUGAACUAUGUUGCCUGGGCUCCGGGAGAACCCAAUUAUUCACAUAAUGAUGAAAACUGUGUGGUAAUGAGAAAAGAUUUUGGCUUUUGGAACGAUAUAAACUGUGGUUUGAAAAAUGCCUUCAUCUGUGAAAGGCACAAUUCAACUUACUCAGGAUUUGUUCCCACUGUACUUCCGCCUCUGGGAGGAUGUCCUGAAAUGUGGAUUUUGUUUCAAAAUAAGUGUUAUAAAAUAAUUGGGUCCAGGGAAGAAGAGAGACUGACUUGGUACUCAGCAAGAAGUGCUUGUAUAGAACUAGGGGGAAAUUUGGCCUCUAUACACAAUGCUCAAGUACAAGCAUUCCUCACUUUCCAUCUAAAGGAUGUCACAAAUGAGACUUGGAUAGGAUUAAAUGAUAAGCAUUCAUAUGUUUGGACAGAUGGAAGCCCUUAUGAUUAUGCAUAUUGGGCAAGAGGAUUCCCCUUGGGUAAAUACAGUAGAGUUGGCUGGAAGACUGACUGUAUUGCGAUGACGGUAAGGUCUGUAAAUGAAGCAGGGAAGUGGGAAAACACAGACUGCCAUCACAACAAAAGCUAUAUUUGCCAGAUGGACAGCAAGCCUGAACUAUUCCAUUCCACAACUGCUCCAGAUUCUGACUUCUUCCAUUAUGGUAACAGUAGCUAUUUAAUCAUUCCUUCUAAAAUGAGUUGGGAAGAAGCAAGAAAAGCCUGCAGAGUGAAAUCUUCAGAGCUUGCCAGCAUUUCAGAUUAUUACAGUAAUAUAUUUCUCCUGCUCCAGGCAGCACAAUAUGGUGAGCCCUUAUGGAUUGGACUCAAUAGCAAUAUGAGUUAUGGGUACUACAGAUGGAGCGAUAAAAGGAAAAUUGAUUUUUCUAAUUGGCACUAUGAAGAACCAAAAGAGAAAAUGGCAUGUGUCUUCCUAGAUCUCAGUGGGGAAUGGAAAACAGCACCUUGUAAUGAAAAACACUUUUCUGCCUGCAAAAAAUCGGAGGAUAUACUUUCUUCUGAUCCUCCACAGGAUAUUGGAAGAUGUCCUCAGUCAGGUCACAUAGCUUGGAUUCCUUUCCGUAGCUACUGCUAUUACUUUAAUGCCAAUGAAAUGAGCUGGGUUCAGUCUGUGACUCGAUGCAUUCAGUCAGGUGGAAUGCUGACUUCUGUAGAAGACUUGGCUGAAUCCAACUUCCUGGCAGAACAUGCAGACUUAUACACAAGCAAGACAAGUGGCUUUUGGAUAGGAUUAUACAGAAAUAUAAGUGGGCAGCUGCUCUGGCAAGACAACAGUGCAUUGGACUUUGUCAACUGGGGUGAAGCAGAGCCCUUGGAAGAGCAGCAUGAGAACGAGUACUGUGUGCAGCUCUCUGCCUCCUCUGGGUCCUGGAAUAGCAUCCCUUGCUCCUCCAGAAAGGGUUUUAUCUGUAAGACACCAAAGACUGCUCCUGAAGCAGUUGCAAAUGUGAAAGGUGGCCAAAAGGACAAAGAUCAGAGCACUGUUUGGAUACUCCUUAUUCUGGUUCUCGUCAUUUUAGUAGGCAUGGGCAUCAUGGUUUAUUUCUUCUUCAAGAUCAAAAUCCAGAGUGAGGCUGAACGAGCAGUGGGGCAGCACAGCAUGCUGGUGGAGUACAGCAGUGCCCUGGCCAGAGAGAACAACAAAAAUGAUCCUGCCAGCAGCGAAGGAGGAAGUGAACGGAGUGCUGUGUAAUGUGAUAACAGCUACUCUAUAAAUCCAAGCUUUAAAAGUAAUCUAGCUAGAACAAAUAAAUCUUAGUAGAAGUUACAUGUACCAACAUGCAACUUGAACUAAAGCGGCAAUUAUUCCUUUGGUAUGGGUUAGGCACUAUAGAGCAUCUGUAAGUGAGAUAUCUGUCCUUCAUUCAUGGCUUCAACUUAGAUUAGACAUACCCUGCAACUUUGAAUAUUUUGCAUUAACUAUGAGACUGUAAAGGAUCUGUCUAUCUGUAAAUAAAAGAUCUAUAUCUUAUGUAAUGGUACUUAAGUGUUGAAUUAGCACAUGGAGAUGUUAUCUGAUUGGUGAUUCAGUGUGUCAUUAACCUUGAGAGGCUAACAGGAAGAAACAUGAAAGCAAGUCAUAUAACUAAGAAGAAAUAUAAGUAAGCCGUAAAAUAACAUAAGUGACAAAUAAAGCUGGUAGAAUCUAUUUCUGUUUUUACUUCACUUGGCAGCUCAUUUUUGGAUGUCUUCUCUUAUUAUCCUCCAGCUCUCUGAGUGAGCUGAAGACAGGACACUGUGUCCUUGCCUCUCCUGAGAAAACAGUCCAGCAAGGAGCAGAGCAUAGAGCAUAAACAUGCUGCCUUACAGCAUUACUGUGCUGUUUGUUGUCUCUAAAUUCUAUGUGUGUGGCUAACUGCAAAAUGAAACAAAAAAGAUUUCAAGGAUUUCAAGGGAAAACAGACCCUUGAAAAGUUCAUAAGAACUGUACAAGAGAGGUCAGUGGGAAGGAAUGUCCAUGCAUACUCAUGACAUUAGACUCAUGGCUGGCAGAUAUUGCUGUCAAACAAAAAAAUAUUGCAGAGGUCAGGGAAUGAAGGGUGUUCUGUGUUUGAGAUAUUUUUACUGAGUCCCCUUCAUCUUGCACUUUUUUUUUCUUUGUAUAAAUUACGAUGUACCCAUGUUUAUCUUUUUUUAAGUACUGACACUGAUUUCAGUCAAGUGCUGCUUGAUGGCCACUGAUAUACCAUAAGCAAACAAAAAGAGUAAUCAAAUGAAUAAAACCCCCAUAGAUAUAACAAAUAAUGUCAUUAUAAUUGCAUAUUUUGAUAGCUGAUAUUGGUAAACUAUAUCUCUGUGGACUGUAACUGGUUUUCUUCUCAUACAUUAAGUCACACUUUAGCUUUGCAGAAUAUAUUGUGAAUUUGUCUUAAUAACAAAACUGCAAAAAGUAUGAGAAAUUCUGAAGGCAAUUUCUGCUGAAUAUUUUUCCUUCAAAACAAAGGAUUUUAUUUUUCCUUACACCAUGGCUAAAUUUGAUUUCCUCUUAAUAAAGGGUUACAGCUCA